AUGGACGACGAUAAUAUUGCAGUUGCACGCAAAUCUAAUGUCAGAUCAAAUCGAAGGACUGGAAAAAAGCCUGAAAUAUCAACAGAUGAUACGACAAUUACGCUAGCAGGAUCAGAGAAUCAAUUACAUCCACGUUUAAACUCACGUAAACAUAAGCAGAAUACCAAAUCAAGGAAAGACAUAAAUUUAUCAAAAAAUGAACGAUUAAAGCUAGGUUAUGAAUGUUCGAAAGACUUUUUUUCACAAUCUAAAAAUUCUUUCGAUGAAGUGGAAUUACGAAAGAAAGGAUUAGCGAAUAAUGAAAUUAAGUACUCUUCCUUUCUUUAG